UGCGGCUCCCUAAUUAAUUGCAGCUAUCUGUCUCCUAUCGAUGUGUGUGUACAUGUGUGUUGUGUGUGUUUCCCCUUUUCUCCCCAAACCGAACAUGAAAUAGUUUGUUGGGCUAUACUUUCUUUCUUCCUUUCUAAUCCCCCCUUCCUUCCUUCCCGUCCUGGUUCGCUGGUGGAGACCGGGAGGACUGAAACCCAGCUGUGUUCGCCGCCCGCCUCUGCUCGCCGCCGGUUCCCCCCUCACUGCUCGGUGAUGUUGGACAUGGGAGAGCGCAAAGAGGUGAAGAUGAUUCCCAAAUCGUCGUUCAGUAUAAACAGUUUGGUGCCGGAGGCCGUGCAAAGCGACAACAACAACAGUCACCACCACCACCACCACCACCACCAGAACCAGAGCCAGAACCAGAACCAGCACCGAGCUGUUGGUCCGGAUGAUGCCGAGCAGAAGGCGCCUCUCCCGGCCUCGCAGCCGGACGUCAAAGCUGACCCGAAAAGUGAGUCGCUGAACCCGGAGAGCUGCCCGGAGGAGAAGCAGGAGGAGAAGAAGGACGGGAAAGAGGGAGAGAAGGACGGAGAGAAGAAAAGUGGCAAGUACGAAAAACCUCCUUUCAGCUACAACGCUCUAAUAAUGAUGGCUAUCAGGCAGAGUCCGGAGAAGCGGCUCACUCUCAACGGCAUUUAUGAGUUCAUCAUGAAAAACUUUCCGUAUUACCGGGAGAACAAGCAGGGCUGGCAGAACUCCAUCAGACACAACCUCAGCCUCAAUAAGUGCUUUGUCAAGGUGCCUCGGCACUACGAUGACCCCGGGAAGGGGAACUACUGGAUGCUGGACCCCAGCAGCGACGACGUCUUCAUCGGUGGAACCACUGGGAAGCUCCGCCGGCGCUCCACCACGUCACGGGCCAAGCUGGCUUUCAAGCGCGGUGCCCGGCUGACCUCUGGGCUGACCUUCAUGGACCGGGCCGGCUCCUUAUACUGGCCGAUGUCCCCCUUCCUCUCCCUUCACCACCCGCGGGCCGCCGGUGCCCUCGGCUACAACGGGACCUCGUCGGGAUACCCGGGCCACCCGAUGUCCUACAGCAGCAUGCUCACGCAGAACAUGAGCAACAACCACUCAACGUUCCCGUCGUCCAACGGGCUCAGCAUGGACCGGCUGGUCGGUGGGGACCUCCCCUACGCGACGCACCACCUGACGGCGGCGGCCCUGGCGGCCUCGGCGGUGCCAUGCGGCCUCUCUGUGCCUUGCUCUGGGGCCACUUAUUCAUUAAACCCGUGCUCGGUGAACUUAUUGGCCGGACAGACGAGUUACUUUUUUCCCCAUGUCCCACACCCGACCAUGAGCUCACAGACCGGCGCCGGAGGCGGCGGCUCGUUGCAGGCUGCCCGGGCUUCGGCUUCCAAUUCCCCGCAGGCUCCGUCCUCUUCCUCGCUGCCAUGUGACACUCUUAGGCCGGCUUUGUCCGGCUCUCUACCCGCCUUCUCCUCGGGACUUUCCGGGGGUUUGUCUGACUAUUUCACACAUCAGAACCAGGGGUCAACUUCUAACCCGCUCAUACACUAACUCCCCCUGGCCCCCCCCACUCCCCUGAACUUCAUCCAUCCAUUCAUCCAUUUAUCAAUUCAUCCAUCCAUCCAUGAAGGAGUGAUAAUCUGAAAAUGAUUGGAACACUAACGUGAUCGUUUUUAACACUGAACAUUUAAGAUGUAAAAAAAUGACAGAUUAUUAUAAACUACUACCUAUUAUAGAAAAAAGAAGAGAGACUGCAAAACAAAAAAAAGAGCAGCACUGAGAAACUCACAGAAAGCAGCACUGACAUGCAGGUAUUUUUUUUAAUAUUAUUAUUAUUAUUAUUAUAAUUAUUAUUACUAUUAUUACUAUGGUUUCUUCGUCUCCAUGUUCUUCUCGUUGUUGCUGUGCCCCAUCUCCUCCUGCAGUUUUAAUUUCUGUGUACAUAAUGCGUGUUCUAAGUGUCCGGGGUUUGUCUUCUGUAUAAUAAUGUCAGUCAGUGACGUGCAAUGUGAUCUGAGAUAGGAAGCGGAGAGAAUGAUGAGAGGGCAGCUUUGCUCACGUUUUUUCGUGUCUUGUUGGAGGAGGCAAGUUUUUAAUUUUUUUUAUAUAUAUUAGAAUGAGUAUUUAAAUUAGUUUGGUUUUAUUAAAGAUUGUUUAAUAAUAAUAAUAAUAAUAAUAAUAAUAAUAAUAAUAAUAAUAAUAAUAAUAAUAAUAAUAAUAAUAAUAAUAAUAAUAAUAAUUUGCCUUCAUGUGUCAGUACCAUGCUGGUUAGAAUAAAAGCGGGGAAAAGUGUUUUUUUUUUUUUUUAAAGCUGAAUGUUCUCCUUAAAGCUGAGUCCACAGUGGCCUCUGAACGUUCUUCUCCAUUCAUUCAUUACCUGGUUUUAAAAACUGCUGACGCGCUUUUUAUAGACCAAAGAAUCUGUUCCAUAUGAAGUCAGUAUUGUGCUGUAUUUUCUGGGAGGCCUGCUGAGGUCGGAAUGAAGGAGAGACUCAAAUCCUCCGUCACUGCAGAAAAUGUCCCUUUAAACGAGAU